AUGUUACUUAGGAACAUAGACCACCCUUCUGGUUUAUGUAAUGGUACGAGAUUAGUGGUUACACAGUUGGGUAACCAUAUAAUUGAGGCUAAAAUCCUAUUGGGAAGCAACAUUGGUCACAAAGUUUUCAUACCUCGACUACUCUUGACCCCACCUGACACAAAAUUGCCUUUCAAGCUUCAGCGUAGGCAAUAUCCAUUGGUUGUUUGCUUUGCUAUGACUAUAAACAAAAGUCAAGGCCAAUCUCUUUCACAUGUAGGUCUAUAUCUUCCUAGACCGGUCUUUAGUCAUGGGCAACUAUAUGUUGCAAUUUCAAGGGUUACCAGGAAAAGUGGGUUGAAAAUUUUGAUAUGUGAUAAGGAUGGCCGUACAUAUAAUACUACCCAAAAUGUAGUAAACAAAGAAAUACAUUAUGAGAUAUCAUGUCCUGCUGUGGAAUACAAGAGAGGCAUAGUGGGCAAACUUUAG